GCACCGGUGUAAUACAUCAGCAGAGAUGGACGGGCUGGUGAAACGCUGUACUGCGUUGCGUUUGAUUCUGCGUUUAUUCCACUAACCUUUAACCAGCUGCACACAUCGCAGGUGACGCGGACAGGAUUAUUUGUACAUUUAAUAAAAACGCACGUACUUUGUCGCUUAUAAUCAUAGGAUAUCGAGCCAGCAGAAUGGCAGGUGCGGUGGGUGGCGGUAGGGGCUGCGUGAUGCUCCACGGCGCUCAGAUCCGGGACCUGCUGGACGCGAAGCACAACGUGCUGUUCGACUGCGACGGCGUCAUCUGGAACGGAGAGACGGCCGUGACCGGAGCUCCGGAGGUGGUGAGUCUGCUCAAGCAACGAGGCAAACGGGUGUUCUUCGUCACUAAUAACUGCACCAGGCCCCGGGAGAACUACGUGCAGAAGUUCAGCCGACUGGGCUUCACGGAUGUGGCCGAGGAGGAGAUCUUCAGCUCGGCGUACUGCUCCGCCGCGUACCUGCGGGAUGUUGCCCGGCUGCAGGGGAAGGUGUAUGUGAUCGGGUGUAGCGGGGUGAUGAAGGAGCUCCAGGACGCUGGUGUGUCCGUCGUGGAGGAGAAUGGAGAGGAGGAGCCGGGUACCAGCAUCUAUAACUGCCCCCUGGAUCCGGAUGUGAAAGCUGUGCUGGUGGGGUACGAUGAGAAUUUUACCUUCAUGAAACUGGCCAAAGCCUGCUGCUAUCUGAGGAACUCUGAGUGCCUGUUUCUGGCCACUGACCCGGACCCCUGGCACCCGUUGAGAGGAGGCAGGUUCACUCCAGGUUCUGGGAGUCUCACGGCAGCUUUGGAAACCGCUAGCACCAGGAAGGCGACGGUGAUCGGGAAACCCAGCCGUUUCAUGUUCGAGUGCAUAGCGAGUCAGUUCGACCUCGACCCGGAUCACUCAUUGAUGGUCGGUGACCGUUUAGAGACAGACAUUCUCUUCGGCAGCAACUGUGGUCUUUCCACCAUGCUCACCCUCACGGGUGUCUCAACCCUGGAGGAGGCACAGAAAUACAAAGACAGCGAGUCGCCGGAGCAGAAAGACUGUGUACCCGAUUAUGUGGUGGAAUCCAUCGCAGAUUUCCUGCAGGCUUUGGAGGAAUAGUCUUCGGUUCUCUGUUUAGAGCUCAACCUGGAACACAAACAGACCUUCAUUGAUGUAUUUCCAGUUCCAAUCCCAAUGCUGUGUUUUAAAGGAGUAAUGCAACCAAAAUUGAAAAUUCUGUCAUCAUUUACCAUCAUGUUGUUCCAAACCUGUAUAACUGACUUACUUUAGCACAAAGAUACAUUUCUAAGAAUGUACUAGCCGCUCUUUUCCAUAUAAUGAAAGCAAAUAGGGACUCUAGUUGUCUAGUAAAGACUUAAACACACCAGAUAAGUCAUAUAAAAGUAGCAUUUCUCUAUAUUCCAAGUCACCCAGAGCUUUUUUAUGGCUUAAGAUCUCUUGGAAUAUACUUUAAAGGCCAGUUCACACUGUCCCAACAAAUGCCAACAGAUACAAACACUUCUAAAUACAACAGAGAACUUUAGAAUGUUGGAAUGUUGUCAAAUGUCAUGCUCACACUGUCCCAACAAACGCCAACAGAUACAAACGCUUCCAACAUUCUAAAGUUGUCUGUUGUAUUUAGAAUGUUGGAAUGUUGUCAACGGUCAUGCUCACACUGUCCCAACAAACUUGCAUCUUUGUCUGUCAUUGUUCGCCUUUGAAGACGACUGACAAGGAACAUGUGCGAUUUAAUAUAUAAAUAUUAGAUGCAAUUAAUUAAACAUGUUUAGUAUGUUGAAACGUUGUGUGUUUUUUCUGGGAACUUCUUCAUUCCGAGAGUUCAGGUGGAGGACAGCAAAACAGAAAUGUGGGGUAAGAUAAUAUUUUAUAUAAUUGGAAAUAUAAACCAAUCAGCCACAACAUUAAAACCACCUGCCUAAUAUUGUGUAGGUCCAACUUGUGCCACCAAAACAGAAAGCAUUCUGACAUUUGUACAGAGUGGUUAUCUGAGUUACCGUAGACUUUAUCAGUUGGAACCAGUCUGGCCAUUCUCCAUUGACCUCUCUCAUCAACAAUGUGUUUUCGUCCACAGAGAAUACAUUUAAUUAAGUUUGACCGUACUCUAUCAAUGCAGGUGUGGCCGCACGCAUUCAUUCAUUUUCUGGGAGUUGACCGGACGCUUACCACAGCGUCAUAGCAACGGUUGGCGCUAAAGUCAGAUUACGUCGGAGUUGGUUGGAGUUUGGUGAAAAAUCCUACCAGACUGCUCAAGACUUGACAACCCUUACGAAAAUCAAAAGUUCAUGGCAAAUUUAAAAAAAAAAAAAAAAAAGAUAGCGAGUUGCUAACCAUGGCUAACAACUGUGAAACUUUAGUUAUUUACAUAAAUAUUCUGGGUUCAGUACAAAUUCAGCUCAAUCAACAGCAUUUGUGACAUAAUGUUGAUUACCACAAACAUUUCUUGUGACUCUAACGUCCUUUUCUUUAAAUAAAAAAGGUAAAGUUACAAUGGAAGUCAAUGGGGCCAAUUUUUCAGCCUAAGAAUCUGCUGAAGUAUAAAUAAAAAUUGAGCCCAAAAUUAUUUUUUCCUUAUUUUCAUGAUCAUUAGAUAUCUAUAAAUAAGGUGGCUCAGAAAAACAGAUUUUGUUUACUAUCAUGUCAAGUGCAUCUGAGAAAUUGUUUUUGUUGAUAUGACAAAGCAGUCAAAAGUUACGGCAUUACAAAAAACAUUUAUCAUAGUGUCCAGAAACGUCUUGAAGUGUCCAAAAGCUUCUCCAAACAAAUAAAACAUAAUAAUUGUACAUAAGAACUAAUUACACAUGCAAACACAACAAUGACUAAAGGUUUGCAUAGCAUGCACACAUGAUUUUAGUCAUGAGAUUUCACAGAAUGAGUGUCAUUCUGUGUCAUUUGAGUCAUCAUUGAGUCUGUGUCAUGUAUUUGGCGCCAUCUCCUGGUGGCCAUAUGUAACAUUGUGCUUUGUGUGGAUUAUCUAAUGAUCUAUGCAUCAUAUUACCUUGUGCCGCAAACUUGCUGCAAAUUGUCCAUUGUUGCCAAAGGUUUGCCGGAGGUUCACCACUACCGGCGAAGACUUCUGCACAUUUGCAGUGAAUCAAAAGCACAUUUGAAUGUGAAAAUAACGAGCGGCAAAUUUGGAACAGAAAUUCAGCUUUUGUGUUGCAUGCAAGAAAGUCAAACAGGUUUUGAACAACAUAAGGGUGAGUAAUGAUGACAGGAGGUAUGUUCCAAAACAUAGUGAGCUGUCUCUAUGGCAGCAUCCUUACUGAAAUGAUGCCCCAUAAGAGAGCGAUUCUGAACACUCUUCAUAGGCGGUAGCUUCGUGUGUCAUUCAGAUGCAUUCAGCGCACUGUACGUGUGGUGCACACCAGAGGAACAACGCAAUAAUGUAAUGAGCAUAAAUUUGCAUAAUACACAAACCUUUUGGGCAAAACCGCAUGUCAUGAACAGUUUUUUUAUCGAUACUUUUCAGUAUUGAAUAUAUGUAUAAGUAGUAUAUUUAUAUUCAAAAUUUCCCUCUCUUUGUCCGCCAUUUUGGGUUUAUUUUCCCACCGAGCUCAUCGCGGUGCAUCCUGGGAUCGCCUCUCCGAGGAAGGAUAAAUAGGCUACGAUGCUACCUUAAAAUGAGUCCAAAAUGAGGUAUCUUAUGAGGCAGCAUAAUUAAGAUACCUUCGCGUUGGGGUCGCACAUAUGAUAUCUUAAAACGCUGCCUCCGGAGGAAGCUCGCUAGGUUUUGGAACAGACCCUCUUGAGAAUUUACAUUUUUCCUUAAUUUUGUUCCAGGUCCUGUGAAUUUUAGCAUCACCAUGACUUGGUUAAUGUAAUGUUGGUUAUGGUAUUAUUUUGGUGCCAAUUUGUAUUUAUUUAAAAUUGUGUGUUUAACUUAAAUGUGCUUAACUAAGAUAUGGCAUUCAUGUCUUUUAUAAAACAUGUAUUCGCUGCUAUUCACUGGUUUGUUGAUUGGGUUUUCAUUAACUACAUUUUCACGAACGUAAUUAACGUAUUUGUGCUAUUUGUAUUACUUCAGUUCAGUUAAUGACUUUGACCAACACAAUCUCAAGGCGAAAUCGUCAGGAUUCAUGUGACUUUUCUAAAUUUGGCUAAUUCGUAUGAUAUCGUGCGACUGCACCCGUUUGAAUUCCUACAACUUUCACUACAGCCAAUGACGUCACUGGACACCGUUUCCAUCUAAUACGCGACAAUUAGUUGCUUCUGUAACACACAACAGCUUCCUAUCAUGUUUACACACUCUACUGAUUGGUUAAGUUUCGAUAAGGGGUUUGGGUAAGGGCAUAAUAUUAAUAAGUAUAUCCUUAACGCCUCGUGCGCGGAAUUCGCGCUUACUUCCGCAUUCGACAUCCAGGAAUUUGCACGUGAUGUCGUACGAGUUUAUGCGAACAACAUGUGCGAGACCAUACGAAAUAGCCAACUCGUAAAUUAUGAACGACUUUUUAUGA